AUGAUCGGCCCCAAGUCAGCUAUCGCUAUCGUACUUAUUCUCGCCACGGCCGUCUGGUCGGAGGUUUCGCCGGAUGAGACUUGUGGUGUAGACAAGGCCGGUAACAAGAAGGGAUACACAUGUCCCGGAACCAUCAAGUGCUGUUCUGCGAGCGGCUACUGUGGCGCCACCGAUGAGUACUGCUUGACGACGGCCGGUUGUCAAGACAAGUAUUCGAAUGCGACUGGUAGCUGCAUCAAGCCGGUUGACGGUGUAUCCAUCUCACCCGACGGCACAUGCGGAUCCGAGGGUGCCGGCAAAUACGGUUACCACUGCCCUACCGAGGGAGGUACUUGCUGCUCUGUUGCCCUUUAUACUAUGACGACUUUAUUCCAUAAUGGACGUUUCUUCCAAUCUGCGCCUGGGGGCAAGGAUCCUUCAUUUGCGGAUUCUCUGCUCAUCGAUGAGUCUGGUAGGAUCACCCAUAUCGGCAGUAUAAGUGAUGAACAAAUCAAAACGGCCGAGUCUUCUGGGGGAGGGGUGGUUAAGCACGACAUGCGAAGCCGCAUAAUUUUACCAGGAUUUAUCGACGGACAUAUGCAUCUUUUGAUGUUGGGACAAUCCUUACAGAAGGCAGGGCUAGAGGCGUGCAAAAAUCUGCAAGAUAUCCGGCAAACCAUAAAAGAAUUUGCGGCAUCGCAUCCAUCCGUAGUUAGGAUAAUGUGCAAAGGAUGGAUGCAUUCCAUGACCAACGGAGAAGCCUUAGCUAGCAUGAUAGACGACUUGGACCCGAGACCUAUUUUCAUCGAUUCCAAGGACUUACACUCGACGUGGUGCAAUACGGCUGCAUUGGAUGAGAUGGGAGUGCAGGACAUGCCGGAUCCAGAGGGAGGAAAAAUUCAUCGUGAUGAGAAUGGCAAGGCCUCUGGGCUUUUAUCAGAAGCCGCGGCUGUUACGAUUGUCUGGCCGCAUAUUGCGAAAGUUGCGCCGAUGGAAGAGAAGCUGGCAGCGUUGAGAGGAGCAGUUAAAGCGUAUAACGCCUCCGGUUAUACUGGACUCGUGGAAAUGGCUAUGGAUGAAAACGCCUGGGAAGCUUUGCAAGUACUUCGGCAAACAGAGGACCUGUCGAUUAGGAUCGCGGUCCACUGGCUCAUUACACCUCGAAAAACCGAAGCAGAAAAUCUCGCCCAAGUCGAUCGCGCAAUUGAACUUAACCGACAGUUCAAUGCGGAUACUAGUCCAGACUGCCGCAUUGUGGGUAUCAAGGUCAUUGGGGAUGGUAUCAUUGACGGUUGUACUGCUGGACUUUCUGAGCCUUACUCUUUGAACGGGGUAUCAUGCGAGCCUAUCUGGUCGCUUGCGGAACUGGGUCCUGUCGUCCGGAAAGCUGACGCGGCAGGGCUGCAGUGCGCCCUACAUGCGAUUGGUGAUAAAACCAUAAGAGUAGCUAUUGAUGCUCUUGAACAAAACGCCACACCGGGCCGUAGACACCGGAUCGAGCACCUCGAGCUUGCAUCCCCGGAAGAUGCUAUAAGGUUGGGUAAGUUGGGCAUCACCGCCUCCAUUCAACCAGUACAUGCUGAUCCGGCAAUCCUCCGGGUCUGGCCGUCACUGCUCGGACCAUCCCGUUGUGAACGCGCAUUUGCAUAUAAGGAGUUUGCCGAUGGAGGCGCGGUACUGGCUUUGGGUUCGGAUGCGCCUACGGCACCACACGCACCACUUAGAAAUGCUUACACGGCAACAACUCGGCGAUCAGCUAGAGAGCCGGAACUGACGGACCGCAUGAACCCGCAUUUUGCCCUGGAGUUAGCGGCGGCUAUCGCGGCAGGUACGGAGGGAUCUGCGUAUAGUUGCUUUGCUGAUCAAUGGGCUGGAAAGCUGGAAACUGGACGGGAGGCAGAUUUUGUGGUGGUUGAUAUGGAUUGGGAUGCGAACAAGUUGCUAGAAGCAAAGGUUGUACAGACUUGGUUUAAGGGAAUGAAAAUAUUUGACGUUGGAGCAUAA